AUGGAAAAGAAUUUUUCUUUUCUGAGAAGUCCCAGCAUGGAGACCAUGGACUCCCCCACCAGUCCUGGGAGCAGUGGCGUGGGAACCAGAAUCCCCCACUAUGAGGACCAGCACAUGGGAGAGAUCCACAAAGCUGCCAGUGUGGGCAGCCUGCGGAGAGUGAAGCAAAUCCUAUUGUUCAGGAAAAGUAUUCGGAAUGAUAGGGACAUGAUGAGCAGGACUGCUCUGCACGUGGCCAGUGGCAGUGGCCAUCCAGAAGUGGUGAGACUGCUAGCACGCAGACAUUGCCUAUUGAACCUCUGUGAUAUAGACAACAAAACUGCUCUGAUUCACGCCAUACAAUGUGAGCAAGAAGAAUGUGCCACCAUUCUACUAGACCAUGGUGCCGACCCAAAUGUGACGGACAUCCACGGCAACACUGCUCUCCACUAUGCUAUCCUUGGUACCAACACAGCUAUAGUGGAAAAGCUACUUUCCUGUAUGGCAAAUAUGGAAGCGAGAAACAAGAAGGAUUUCACACCACUUUCACUUGCCAAAAAUGAAAACAAAGAGAAAAUGGUGCAAUUUUUAGUAACUAGAGGCUCAAAAGUUCAUCCGAUGGAAAGCAACCAACAACCAACUUCUGAAAAAAAAGAAAAAAGAAGACCUUUGGAGCCUUCUAAAAGUAACAAUCCUGUCUGUGACAUAUCUGAAGAAGACUCUUUAUGCAGAUCAACAUUACAAAAAGAAAAAGAGAAGAGACGAAAAGCUGAUCUCUUAUAUCCAAAAAAUACAGCACACUUAAGGAAAAAAGAAGGGCAGCCCAUGAAAACAGUUGAAAUGAACCCCAAAGUUGAAAACAAAAUAGGAACACAAGUCAUGGCCCUGAAGACUGUAAGAGGGAAUAAUGUUUCUGAUAGUUAUGAAAAAGAAAAACCUUUGAUACAUGAAAAUUCCAUCUUGAAGGAUGAAAUUGCCAAGCUAACACUGGAACUAGUCACAGUAAAAAAUCAGAUGCAGGAAUUGGAAAAAAAAUAUUUUGAGGACAUUGUGAUUGUCAAAGAAAAAAAUGACCAUUUUCAAAACACAAUAACAGAAACACUACUUCAACACAACGAGCAGUUUGAAGAUCUGAGAGCUGAGCUUACAAAGCUAAGCACUAAACUGGAGGAUGAACAGCAGAACAGAGGAAGACUGGAAGCAGAAGGUGACUCAGACAGUUCUAGAAGGGCUACUGUUAUACAGUACCAUGAGCAUUGUCAGACUUCAAAAGGAGAUCUACAAGUUGCUUUCAAGAAAGAGAAAGAAGAAUAUUUUUGUUCCCAGGGCAAAAAGAACUCUGAUAUGUCUGACAUAAAGCAUAGCAUUGAGAUUCUUUCUCAACAACGUUCUAAAUUUGAAAGUAAAUUCAAUCACCUGGGAAUUGAGCUUCGUUCCACAAAAGAUGUUCUCAGAGAUAGGACAUUUGUUUUACAAGGUGGAGAAGGAGACCAAAGCCAAGUACAGAGUCAAAAGAAGGAAAUUGAACACGUGUAUCAACAGGAACAAGGUAGAGUGGAUAAAGAUACCGGAAAGCAGGAAUUUUUACAGGAGACCAUAUCUUACCUGCAGAGUGAAAAUAAGUUCCUUCAAAAGCAACUGGAUGAAGCUCACCACAAAGCUGACAAGAAAAUUAAAAUCAAAGAUCAGUUGGCAGAUACCAUAAAAAUACUUCAAGCCAACAGUGAAAAGCAAGGUCUUAUGCUGAAGGAAACAUGUAAGGAACUAAUCAAGGAAUGGCAUCUUUUAAAAGAAAACACACAUCAAUAUGAAAAUGAUAAAGCAGAAAGAGAUGCAUUUGUGAGACACCUUCAAGGAGAAGUGGCUGAUACCCAGAGAAAACUAUCUUCCACAGAGGCUUUACUGAAGGAUGA